AUGGCUGAAUACAUGAUAAUUUUUCAACCGUUUAUUGAUUUAUUUAAUCAAGGGCAAGUUCAAACAAUUUUAUUAGCGUGGCUUCCAACAAAAUUGAGUCCAUAUUUAUCUGGAAUAAUGGCAGUGGAUAUGUUUUUAAUGACGAUAACUGCAUCAGGAAUAACAACUUUAUUGGCUGCUUUAUAUUUAUUUGGUUCUAAAGUUGCAGCAGAAGGCAUUUGGAAUAAAAACGCAGUCACUGUACAAAUUGAAUAUUAUGCAACCGGAAUGUAUGGUAAUCAGUAUAAAAGUACAUUGUAUGAGGCAAUAUCAUGGAUAAUUUCUCAACAAACUAAAAAACUAUCGAAAGAAACAGAUGAACAAAUAUCCAUUGAAUAUAAAGGAAAAAAAUUCAAUGUAAAAUAUAACAUGCCAGAUCAAAAUUCCGAGGGUAAAGACGAUGGUAACGGCAAUGGUAAUGGUAAUAAUUUUCAUGCAUUAAACGGUCACAAAGCUAUGCCAUCAAUUUUUUUGACAACUGUGGAUAAUUCGGAUACAAGUGUUAAUGCAGUGUCAGAUUUUCUUAGUGUUGUUACUAGAGCAUAUCUUGAAUCACAAAAGGAAUCACGCGUUAGAUUAAGAUACGAAAGAAUUGAUGAAUCUUGGUAUAGAGUACAAGCACUGUCGUCAAUUAGAGGUUUGGAUACAGUUGCGUUGGAUGAGACUCAAGAACAAUUAAUUAGAAAAGAAUUGGAUACGUUUACUACUGACAAAGAAUUCUAUCAUAAAAUUGGUAUGCCGUAUAGACGUGGCAUUUUACUUUAUGGUAAACCUGGUACAGGGAAAACGAGUUUAAUAAAUGCUAUUUCCUCGCAAUUAAAUCGAGAUCUUUAUUAUCUUAAUUUAAAGAAUGUCUUCGAUGACAAUGAACUGAAUGCAGCGUUUAGUUCUAUUCCUGCCAAUCAGAUCGUUGUAUUAGAAGAUGUUGAUACUCAAUCAAAAGUUUUACACAAAAGAACACCCGGAACAGUCGAUGAAACUGUUAAAAGAAAACCCGAAGAAAAUAAUAAUAAUUCUGGUGCAAAAGUUGGUAAUGGAUUUUCAUCAUUUAGUUUAUCAACAUUUUUGGGUUGUUUAGAUGGUCAUAUAAUGUCAGAAGGUAAUUUUAUAAUAAUGACUACGAAUCAUGUCGAAGCUCUUGAUCCAGCCUGUAUUAGACCAGGCCGUAUGGAUGUACAUUUAAAUCUGGAAUAUUGUACACAUUAUCAAAUAAAGAAAAUGUACAAAAAUGUAACAGAAAAUCCAAAUGCUGAAUUUCCACAAGAAAUUCUUGUUAAAAUACCUGAAAAAUUAUUGCCACCUUGUGAAGUAAUGAUGACCAUGAUUUUAUAUAGAAAAGAAAUUGAUAUAAUACCAGAGAAAAUAUUAGAGUUGAUCCAUAAAUAUCAAAAUAUGAAGCCAGAAGAAAUAGCAAAACUAAUGGAAGAUGAAUUAAGAAGAAUCGAAGAAGCGUCUGCCAAUAAUGAGAAAUUAAAUACUGAAUUAAAAGAAGCUAAAAAAGAUGAUGACAAAGAAAUGUCAAGAACUUUAAGUGAUGGUAGCACUGUUGUAGAAGAAAAUGAUAACGUCAAAGAUGUUAGAUGUUAG